AUGGAGCAUAAAAAACUAUUAGAAAAUGUAAUGAUUGAAUUACUUAAGGAUCCAGCUUGUCCGAUAAAUUAAGUAAAAUUAAUUUAUUAUUUAUAGUUUUAAGAUUGGUAAUUCAUAAGCAUAUGCCAAUAACUUUAAUUAUAAAAUUUCAGCAAUAUGAAAGAUUAUGAUUUUCAAAAGAAGUUUGCUUAGUUCUUUAUAAAUUAUUUGGAGACAGAAAAUGAAAUUUAAAAUAUUUUAGAAUAAUCCUCAAUAAAAAGAGGUGAUUCAAACAAAAUUCAUGAAGAUCGUUCACAUCAAAAUAAUUAAUGUUCAUAAAGUAAGUUUUUAACAAAUUCAAAUUAAGUGUCAAAUAAAUAAAAAAAUGACUAUUCUGAUACUAUUAGGAAUAAGAUAAAAGUUAAAUUGAAGAAUUAAAUGCCUUCAAAUUUUUUGGAAAUUGAAGAAAAUCCUAGCUCUCCUAAUUCAGUUAAUUAAUAAUUAGUGAUAACUUAAGCACCAAAAAUAAGUUAAUAAAGUAUUGAUCCUUCAAUUUCAAUUAAUAAUCAUUAAGAUAAAAGUUUAUAAAAAGAAAAAAUAGAAAAAGUCACAUCAAAUGAGUAGAAAUUAAAGCAAUCUAUAAUUGAAAGAUAAGUUAAAGAUUUUGAUUUUGAACCCUAUCAAAGAAAAAAGAAUAAAACUAUAAAAGAAUUUUAAAAUUAAGUUCAAUCUGUUUAGAUUUUCUAAGUAAAUGAUAACUUUGGAAGUAAAUAGUACUUUAAUAUUAAUUAAAAAAAAUAAGAAGGAGAAAAUUAUUUAAACAAUAUUGAGAACAAAAUAAUUGAAUAAAAUAUUAAGAAGAAUUAAUAAAUUUAAAUUAAAAAAAAAUCUUCAAGAGCAAUAAUUGAUACAUCUCCUGAAAAAGAGGAAAUUGUUAUAGAAAUUUCAGAUUCUGAAUCAGAUAAAUAAAGAAAUAUUUCUAAUUUUGGAAAUAAAAAUAGAAAAUACUAAAUGGAUGAUUUAAUUUAAGUAAAAAGCAAUAAAAUAUAUCGUAAAUAAAAUAUUUAAAAAUAAAAACUAUUGGUUUAAUAAAAUAAAACAAAAGAUUUGGAUUUUAAUUUAAUAAAGUAGGCCAAUCCUCCUUUAAACAAAGUUUUAUUGAAUCAAGAUAAUUUUUAAUCUAUUGAUAGAAUUGAAUUUGAAAUUCAAAAACAAAAAUAGUUAUUGGAAAAUUAAUAUAACUAAAUUUAAUCUGAGCCUUACUAAAAAAAAACAGAUUUUUAUUAAAAAAACCUUGAGAGAAAUAUUUAAAAUAGUUCUAGUAUUUGUAUUUUGUAAUAAAAAAACUCAUUAUAAGACAUUCAGAAUAUAGAUUCAACUCCAAUUUAUAAUUCAAUUUUUGGAAAUUAAAAGGAACCUUAAAACUUUAUUUAUUAAAAUCAGUAAAUCAACCAAAAUGAUUAUUCUGGAAUAAAUAUUGAAAACAAUUAAUAAUCUCUGAAAAAUUAAAAUCUAUAUCCUUCUCAUUUUAAUUAGAACAAAUAAUUGUAUCACUCAAGAUAACAAUAAAUUCAUGUAUAAAAUCCUUACAUUUAAAACAAAAUGUUUUAGUAAUCAGAUAGUAACCCUUAAUUUUAAAGAAAUACAAGAAGAAUUCUUGAAAAUGAUUAAAAUCUAGAAGGAUAUGAGAAAAAACCAAAAUUAGAAAUUAUUGAUGUCAGCAAUGAUAGUAUUGAGUAAUAUACAACAUUAAAAAAAUAUCUUUAAAUUAAUAAUAAUUAAAAUCAGUGUAAUUAUUGUAAACAAAUAGAUGGAAAAAUUAAAUUGAUAGAAAUUGAAGAUGAAAUUAAAAUUUGUUAAUCUUGUUUAUUUGAGAAAUUGAAUCCAUUUAAAAAAAUUAUUUACAAUUUAGGAUAUUUAGAAUAUUAAUAUUAAUCAAAAUAAUAAAGUAAAAUCCAUAUUGAUUUUACAAUUUAAUAAGAGCUAUUUUUAUGUCCUGGAUUGUAACUUGAAAUUAGAUGUGUUAUGAUGAAUAAAAAUGGAUUAACAGAUUUUACUUUUCCUAAUAGUUGUAUUCUUCAAAUUAAUGGAGCAAUUAUUUAAGAAUUUAAACCUCUUAUUGAUAAAUCUUGUUUAAAAAAAAGAAAAGACUAAUGCAUCUUAAUUAAUCUUGAUACAAUUCAAAAAACAUAUGGAAUAUAAAAAAAAUACACUCUCACUUGCAUAGAAAUUAUUCCAGAUUCAAAGAUGAGGUAAGAAAUACCAUAAUAGAUUUAUAUUUUCGGUUUGUUUUUGGUUUAAGAUUUAAGUUUGGAUUAAGUUAUUCAUUCUAUAGUUUAAAAGAGUAUCUUGUCUCAAAUUAAAAUUGAUGUUUAUAAAAACGAAAUCAAAGUAGAUAAAUCUAAAGUUAGUCUUAUUUGUUAAUAUUCCUUUGAUUUAAUAAAAAUACCUGCAAGGUAUAAAUUUAAUAAUAAUUUAGAGGUGAAUUUUGUUAACAUCAAUAGUGUUUUAGCUUAAAUAAUUAUUUAGAUAUGAUGAUUCAUGCAGAACAUAUGAAAUGGAUUUGUCCAAUUUGUAAAAAAAAUUGUAUUAGUUUGAUAAUCGAUCAUUAUUAAUGGGAAAUUUUGAAGAAACUUUAAUAGCUGAAUAUUAAACUUGAUUAUAUUACUGUUAAUUAAAAUGUAAAGAAAUAUUUUAAAGUUUUAAGGGUACUUUAGAUACAAUGGAUCCUUUUUAUCCAAUAUUUUCAGAUAAAAAAAUUAAAAGUUAUAGUGAUCUCAUUUCAUAAGGGUAUAAUAAUUUUGAAAGAAGUUUUCUUUAAUUCGAGAAUGAAAAUGAAAUUAUUUCAUAAAGUAAAUUUCAACCUUAAGGUGAAAAUGAAUUAAAUGCUAUUCUAAUUGAUUGA